AGCUAAUUCUACUCUUCCUGUAUACACAUUUUAUUAAAUCGUUGAUGGAUAACGUUCUCGUUUCAUUUUCUAAAAUUAUAAGAUAUAUAAUUUUUUUUUGAAUGAUUUAAUUUCGAUCACGUAUUUAGAUUACGUCAUACUAGAUGGCGUGAACGACUCUCUGGUUUUUUUCUUUGAGAUUGUUAUUUGAGAAUAUGUGACGGAAAGUCCCAUAAGAUGUCUCGUCUGUUCCAUUUCGUCGUCGAAGAAUCGAACUUGAUCCCAUCCCUACUAAUGCCGUAUCAUCAUCCUUGUCCAACCUAUCGCGAACGAGCGAUUCAUGUAGCUGUCGUGUGAAUCAUUUGUUUCCCACGUUUCAUCAGCCAUCUCGAUUCCAAGAAAAUCACUGCCCGAUAUAUAUCGACCGAUUCUCGAGGGUAUGCGAAAUUGGAAUCGCAGAUUCUGAACGCUUCCAACAAUCCACAUCUAUCGUCUCUACCCCAAUUUUUACGCGAAAGAUGAUUCAACCAUGAUUAUCUCGUCGAUUUAGAUUAAUUGGAUGGUCAAAAUUUACGUUAAGACUCGAGUAGUUGGACAGAUCUUGAGAUUCAUUUUUACAAUUUACAUCCGCGAGACGAUUUUAUAUCCUCGUCGAAAAUUGAACUUUCCUCUCUCUUUAAUUUAUUAUUAUUAACAAUCCUAAUAUCUGUUUCUUUUCGUUUCCGUAUACGAUAUAUCAAUAUCAAGGUAUUGAUAAAUUUGCCGUUUGUAGAAAUGCUUUUGGAAAGUUUUAUUGGCAAUUCAAUUUUAUUUAAUUUUGGACGGAGAGACGAAGAAUGCAUCGAUUGUCCCGUUGAAUAUAUCAUCCUAUAUAAAAGAAACGGAUUCAAUUACAAUAUAAAUAUAGCUUUGUUAUCGAAUUCAUCGCACUUCAUGCUGUAUUCGGUCAUUGACGAAAUUUGUAUACGUGUACAUACGUGUGUAAAUAUAUACAUACACACGCGUGUACGUAAAUGUACGUAUUAUAAUCACACAAGACGGUCGAACAAUUGAAUCGGUGAAUGAUCGAUUCGUCAUAGUGGUGAAUAAACCGUGAACACAACAGUGAGAGUUAAAUCUUGUGUGAAUGGGGGGAAAAAAAUAUGGGGAAAAAGUUUAUUAUUAUCACUCGGAUUACAAAAAUUAUUAUUGGAAUAAGUUUAAAAAGAAGAAGAAAAAAAAAAAAUACCAUAAAUACAAAUUAAUUACGUUGCCACGCUUUCCCCUUUCCGUCGAAAUUCAACGCGACUCACUUCACACGCAUGAAACACGCUCUGACACGCUUUGAAACCGCCGCCUGUUGCGUAUCGCGCGUGGAAAACAAAACAAUAUACGCCUGGCAAUGCGAUGCAAUGCUUAGUAUCAAUUUGAUUACAUAUAUACAUAUAUACAUAUACAUAUAUAAAAAUUAAAAGAAAUAUAAUACAACAUAUAUAUAUAUAUAAUAUUGUAAUAUUAAAAAGAACCGUUUAUACUUCGAUUCGUUUGUUCGAGUCGGGGAAUCGGAGAAAAGGAAACCAUUGGAAUCAAACUUGGAGAGUAGAAGAACGAUCGGCCUUUGUUCCCGCGCACGAAAAGGAAACGGUGCAAAACUACUAAGGAUUGUAGCACGCGCCGGGAAAAAAGAGCAGCGAAUCGCAUCGAUCCGUUCUUGUCUUGAGGGAAAAAAAACAAAACCGAUCGCACUUCUGCCAAGAUAGUCUCCGCCGUCGAUAGUCUCUCUCUGAACGAUCUUACGCUCUUGCGCUCCCCCUCGAUCUUGCGCGAGUGUCACUUUAGCGUCGAUACGGGAACGAUCGGCGGGAAAGAAGAAAAUUUCCCGCCCCAAAUUUCCCGGGAGUAAAAUUUGACGGGAGUUAUUACGUUACUGUUGUUUGGACGAUAAUAUACAUCGAUCGAUAAUAACUCCAAACUUCAAAACUGUCGGGAGGGUGGGAGGGAGAAAAAAUGCCGCGCAAUUUGUCGGAGGCCGACAGGAAGAAGAAUCAGUUCGAUAAGGAGGAGAGGGUGCAUCUGUUGGCCAUUAUGAAGCAGUACGCCCCUUUGCUCGACAAGAGCGCGUCAACGUUGACGCGUAAAAAGAUUUGGACGACGAUCGAGGACGAGUUCAAGAAGGCGGGAUUCACCCGAAAGACGUCCGCCCAAUUGAAGAAAUAUUGGCAGAACUACAAGUAUCAUUGCAAGAAGGCGACAGCGUUCAGAAAGGUAUUUCCUUACUCCUUCCCCCUCCCUCCCUCCUCCUCUCCACCCUCUUUUUUUUCUUUCCCUCGUCAAUUAAAAAUAAAUUAUUAUUUCACCGCUUCCGCCAAAAAUUAUUCGCCAAUCGAAUCUGUUCUGUUGAUGAUCGUUUAUCGCGUUUGUUAUCGUAUCAGCCAGAUUAUUUUUAUUUUUUUUAACUUUCGAAAGUUGUAUAAUUACGAAAUCGUCGAUCUCUCUCUUUCUUCGUUUAAUCGGCGUCUUUUUUUUUUUUAAUAAAUUAAAUUAAAACCUUCCUCGUUUCGUGGGAAAUUUUUCUUCUACGAAAUAAAUUAAUCUAACAACGAAUUUACUUACGAAUUUCUUUUCUCUCGCUCUUUCAUAAUUGACAAACUAUGACUCUUGACAUAAAUAUGCUAAUGAAUUGUAGGAGAAUAAAAAGUACAUAGAGUCGGAGGUGGCCGAGCCGCUCGAGUGGAAUCGAUACCAGGUUUUCGUAGAGAACCGUUCCCCGGCCAAAUUUUCGGACGUUCCCGGUGUGGUUCGAUCGUUGAACGAACGCCCGUCGAAAUCCCCGAUCGAAUCAGGGUGCCGUUUCGGUGAAACGUACGAGGACGAUAAAGAGUCAUCUAGGAAAUUGAACACGUCGGAUGCUUUCGUUGGUAUAUUCUUUCUUUUCCCUCCCUCCUUUUCCUUCCUUCCCUGCUCUCCUAAUUUUCGCGAGAUUGAUAGAGAGAAAUUUCACCAAAGUGUGGAGUCUGAAAAAUACGGAGUGCAACAAAAUGAACCAUUGGCAAAUUUUAAGAUCUGUCCCGGGUGAAAAUGGAACGGAACGACGACGGGACGGGUUCGAUCGAUUGCAAGAUGGAGGAGGCGAAUAAUUUAGAGAGCGGGACUGUGGAGGAGGAUUGUUUGGAGGAGAAGAAAGAGAUCUUCGUGAACGAGAGUCGCCUGCUACCGCCCUCGUCCUCCUCCUCCUCGUCGUCCUCGGCCAACACAACCGAUUGCAAAGCCACGUCGAAUCGUAUCGUCGUCUCGAACGCACAGAUUUCGAACAACAGCGUCACAGUGUCCGUGAUAUAUCCUGAGAACAAUAACGCCUACCUUCCCACGAGCACGGUGGAAGGGGCGCUCGAAGUGCAUUCCAAGUGCGGUGGAACAAUGAGAAGGACAGGUAUACAAAACACCCGUUUGGCCCUUUAUUCCGCGCCGAUGAUGAUUGGUCAAUUCUUGAGACAAAGAUGCAAGAAAAGUUUGCUAUGUAUGGAAGAUUUAGGUUUAUUUGUUGAGUUUAUGAGAGAUUUAAACGCUCUAUGGAACGAGAGGUCGCAGAAAUCCACUUGCGCAAAUUCGGCAAAAGUGCAUGGUACGAACGCUGCCCACGUGACAGGAUUCGGUUAUCGCGAUGUAAUGGAGCGCAGUGGGGAUCGUGUGCGUUUAAACGAAAAAAUACGACAUACAUUUGCAGACAGCGAGGAAUGCGAUUCGUUCGAGUGUAACGCGAACGAGGAGAAACAGAUCGGGGAAUUCCCGAAGGAGGAUUUCGUUGCGACAGAGAGCGACGAGAACGAGGGGGGCGCGGUCAAAGCAAGAAACUCUGGACCUAGGAACGAUCGUUUCGAAUCAAGGGGCUACGUCUUUCUAACGGAUUAUCGUAAUCGGCUGAAGCAUAGGUUGCUGUUGCAGCAGCUGGAAACAGAGGAGAAACGGUUGAAAAUAAAGAUUGCCGAGAUGGCGAUCCAAGAGGUGCAGCUGAGGAUAAAAGCGUUGAGCGAGGACAUGCGACGGACCGAGGAAUUGCACCGAUUGCACUUGGUGCGCGCGGCGGCCGGGGAUGCAAGCGUUCGGGUGGGCGAGUUUCCGAACAAUUCCUGAAAAAAGAAAAAAAAAAGAAAAAAGAAAGAAAAAAAGAAAGAAGAAAAGACGAUAAGAAGGAGAAGGAGAGAAGAAGGGGGGGACACGCUCUUCUCACGUGUGCU